GAUGGUGACGGACGUGCAACUGGCCAUCUUUGCCAACAUGCUUGGAGUCUCGCUGUUUCUCCUGGUCGUCCUUUAUCACUACGUGGCCGUCAACAACCCGAAGAAGCAGGAGUGAGCGAAUGACUGGAGCGCCUCUCCGGACCCCCACCCCACCCCACCAGAAUGCAGAGCCAUCAGCACAUGAAGGCCCAGAUGCUAUAGCUGUACUUGGCUUUGUUGAAACCCUGAAGAUAAUAAAUGAUUAGAGAAUACACUUCA